AGGCUCCUCCUGGAAGGUGAGACACUACAUAAAAUAAGCCCAAAAUAUCAUUAAGGAUUUGGUAUUGGGGUAUUAAAAAAUUCAUGUAUGUCCUUGAUGAUUGGAUGCUAUUUUGAUAGUCUCGUGGUUGACUUGGACCCCGUCUCUCCUUGCUAAGAAGGAAACCAGGAGGAAGCCAAAGCCUUCUUCCUUGUUUGCUGUGUUCGACCAGAGCAAGGAGGAAUCUGAGGUCGUGCAAUGGCGAACACUCUCGUCUCUUCCAUCCUAUCAAAAUCCAGCCAAAUAUUGGGCUCUUUUCAGAGAUGGGCAGUCUCGCCAUCUUCAUCAUCGGAUCCACGCAGCAAGAUCAUGAAAGAUCUGAAGAAGCUGGAGAGAACAUUGACAAGGAUCCAGGCAGUGCUCCAUGAUGCGGAGGAGAGAGAGAUAUGUGAGAAAGCCAUCAAUCUUUGGCUUAAGGAGCUUAAAGAAGUUGCAUAUGAAGCGGAAGACGUGCUGGACGAGUACCGCUACGAGGAACUGCGAGCCCAAGUGGAAGGCCGAGCUUUCAGGAAGAGGAAGCGAGCGGAAGCGGACGAUGAGGAAGAGGUAAGUGGUUCUCCUUCGACCAUAGUAGUUUCAAUUCCGGAUGGCAUGGGGAAUAGAAUCAGGGAGAUCAGGGAGAGGUUCGAUGAGAUCUCGGAGGAUCGGGAACGCCUCCGUUUAAGAGAGGAAGAUGGAGAGCGGCGGGUCCUCGGAGCUGUGUACCCAGCACCAACCAGCCACAUGGUGGAAGAGUCGAGUAUUUAUGGAAGGGAACAUGACAAGCAAAAGGUAAUUGAUUUGCUGUUUUCUGAAGGUACGAAAAAGGGUAUCUCUGUCAUUCCAAUUGUCGGCAAGGGCGGACUGGGAAAAACCACCAUCGCCCAACUAGUUUACAAUGACUCCCAGGUAAAAGAAUGUUUCGAUCUAACUGGAUGGGUUUGUGUAUCUGAUGAUUUCAAUGUUAUAAAGCUAACAAAGGACAUCAUUGAGUCUAUUACUCAACAAUCAUGUGAUCUUACACUACUAAGCACACUUCAAAACACUCUCGAGGCAAAUGUGAAGGGGAAGAAAGUGUUGCUCGUGUUGGACGAUGUCUGGAAUGAGCAACGAAGCCUUUGGGAGUCCUUAAGAAGACCUUUUGUACUUGGUGCAGGAACUGUAAGAAUUAUUGUGACCUGUAGGAAUGAUUCGGUUGCCGAGAUCAUGCAGACGGUGCAGCCUUAUCAUCCUGACUACUUGUCUGAAGACAAAUCUUGGUUAUUGUUCAAGCACUACGCAUUUGGUGGUCGAGACUCUGAAGAACAAUCACGGUUGGCAGAGGUUGGUAAGCAGAUUGUCAAGAAGUGUUCCAAUUUACCAUUGGCUGUGAAGACAAUAGGAAGCCUUCUAAGAGAAAUGAGAGAUGAAGACAGUUGGAAAGAUGUCUUGCAAAGUGAUCUAUGGGAAGUAGAUAGGAAUUAUAAUGAGACUUUGGCGGCUCUUAGAAUAAGCUAUACUCGCAUGCCAGCACAUCUGAAACCUUGUUUCGUCUAUUGUUCCAUGUUCCCCAAGGAUUAUGUGUUUGACAAAGACGUUUUAGUCAGAUUGUGGAUGGCGCAAGGCUACAUCCCACUUAGAGAUAGAAGAACAAUGGAAGAGAUUGGCAAUGAAUAUUUCAGUGACCUACAAAGAAGGUCAUUCUUUGACUCUGGCAGACCUUUUUAUAUGCAAACAAAAAGAUUGAUCCUUGAUUCUGAUGAGAUGUUUAAGAUGCACGAUUUGAUACAUGAUCUAGCGAAAUCUAUUGCAGAAAAUGAGUGUUGCACAAUUGUGGAUAGGAGUCUACCCAGUUUUUUCGGUAUGGUUCGCCAUUUAUACAUGGAAGAUAAAAAGGAAUUAGUGAAAUCACUGUGCUCGCAUGAUCUUGGGGCUCUACGGACCUUGUUACUAGAGGGUUGGAAUGGAAGAAACAAAAGAAUAAUGGUGCCGGAACAUUAUGCAAGAACAUUGGUAUCCCAAGGACACAUGACCGAUUUACUAGAAGAUUGGUUAAGAGGAAUGGCAAUCGGCGAAGUACCACCUCUUCUAACCCACUUUCCACCACCUCUUCUGAGGACAAGAUGUUUGCGGACUCUACAAAUUGAUUGGGAAAGCGAAGAUGAGUUGCCAAAUUCAAUCGAUAACCUGAAGCACCUGCGUUACCUGCAUGUCCGGUCCCAUUGCAUUAAGAGACUCCCUAAAUCAGUAUGCCUCCUUUACCACCUACAGACACUGAUACUUGAUGGAAGUCGCCUUGAAGAGUUACCGGAUGGCCUAGGUAACCUUACUGAGCUACGAUACUUUGAGCUACACUCGUAUGUUAUUAAAAGGCUCCCUGAAUUAGUAUGCCGACUUCACAACCUUCGGACAUUGAAACUUUUUUGUCCCCAUCUUGUAGAGUUACCAUGUGGCCUAAGUAACCUUACUAACCUACAAGACUUCGAGCUAUGGUCAAAUGUUGUUACAAGCCUACCUGGAUCAAUCUGUCAGCUCCCCAACCUGCAGAUAUUGGAUAUUGGGUUAUGCAUGAAUCUUGUAGAGUUACCCAGUGGCAUAGGAAGCCUUCCUAACCUCCGCUUCCUCAAUACUGCUGGUACUGGAAUUCACUGCCCGCCGGUUGGGAUCGAGAAACUAACAAUUCUUUGGACCUUGCAUGGACGUGAGAUUGUGCGGGGUCGGAUAGGAGUGUUGAAGGACUUGCACAUCCAAGGAACUAUCCUCAUCUCAGGGCUCAGGAACUUGGUCAACAUUGAGGAUGCCAGGGACGCCAAUCUUAAAUGUAAGCAUGGACUGCAGUGCUUGUCUCUAGCAUGGAAUGGACAGCAUGAUCACCAGUUUCUUUCUUUAGGUGGUGCCCUACGUAUAGAAGCUAGUCCAGAAGAAAAUAAAGAUGUCCCAGUCGAUGAAAAAAGGGAGGAAGCCAUGCUCGAGUACCUCCAACCUCACGCCAACCUCAGAAAUUUGCAUAUAGUAGGGUAUGGUGGUUCCAAGUUCCCAAAAUGGGUGGGAAAUCCUUUCUCCUUUGCAUCACUUCAAGAAAUCAGUAUAAAUGGGUGUGAAAACAUAAGGUCCCUUCCUCUAUACAUUCACGACUCUCUUGGAAAAUUGGAUGAACCCAUGCCACAAUCCGUGCUUGAGAGAGUGCACAUUUUGAGUUGCCGACAGCUCACAUCCAUAGCAGGGUUGCAUAAUCUCCACUCACUUAAAUAUCUGAGGAUAUACGAUUGUCCUCAACUCGGUCUCUUAUCAGAGGAAGGAUUGCCAUCCACACUUGAAACGCUGUCGAUAGGGGAGUGCCAACAGCUGACAUCAUCGUUGGGGAUGCAAAACCUUACUUCUCUCAGACAAUUAAUUAUAAAAAGCUGUCCCAUAGUAGGGUUGCAUAAUCUCCACUCGCUUAAAUAUCUGAGGAUAUACGAUUGUCCUCAACUCCGUCUCUUAACGGUGGAAGGAUUGCCCUCCACACUUGAAAUGCUGUCGAUAGGGGAGUGCCAACAGCUGACAUCAUUGUUGGGGAUGAAAAACCUUACUUCUCUCAAAGAGUUAAGUAUAAAAAAUUGUCCCAAACUACAUAUCAUGGCAGAAAAUCAGCUCUCAUCUAUGCAGAAAUGUGACUUCGUCAAGGUCGUUUCAGGCAACAAGAUGGCGAUUAUAUCAAACACAUGGGAGAGGAUAAAGCAUGAGUUUGAUCCCACCGAGCAUCGGAAUCCAAUGAAACGCUUUUUGUCCAGCACUUAUGAAUUGCUGACGCCAAGGAUAUCUGCACCCGUGCUUGAAGAGCUGACAGUAUGGAGUUGCGAGUUACCAGUACGGUGCCUGAAAUGGUACUGGCCGUGGCUCCGAUCUCUUCGACGCUUGGUUAUAAAGGACUGCUGUACAAUCCGAUACCUGCCAGACGUACUACUAGCAUAUACGCUCAAGUCCUUGGUGGUUGAUAGUUGUGAGAACCUGGAGUCUUUAAAGUUGACACACAAGAACCGAGAUGUACUUGAGGAGCUGCAGGUUGUGAAUUGCCCAAAGUUCGUAGUGUUGGAAGGACUGAAUCACCUUAUCUUCCUAAAAUUCCUAAGAAUAAAGCAAUGCCCUCAACUCCAGCCUUCACAAGAUGAUUGGCUGCUGCCAUCUACUCAUCCACAUGUGGAAAUUGAAGGAGUAUUGGAGACGAAAUUCUAUCCUCCACAUUCAGGACACAGAGAACAAAGAAACAAUUGAUGGUAGAACACAAGAGAAACGACUGAUGCAGUGUGGGAUGGAAGAACAACAAUCGCAAUCAUGACAAGGACCUCUACACAAUAAUUGUCCAUUCUCUUAUUUCAUGAUGGUUUAUUAUUGAUGAUUCCACUAUGCUUCAUCCACUAGAGACCUGGGUCCUUCAAUGCCAUGGCAACUAUCAUUAGCCGAGCCCCCUGUGAUCUGCCGUCAGCAAAGGUAUUUAGCCAUCACUUUUCCAGAGUCUCAGCCAUUCGAGCCUACUGCAUGCCAGUCAGAUGCUUUGGUGUCAUCUCUGGUAUUAGAUGACACCAUUGAAUGCAACAUGUGUCGAUUCCCAUGGCUUGGGCUUCCUUCUGGUUGCAGCUCACAGUCUCUGGACAUCAGAAACCAUUGGGUUGGCAAUUUUGCCAAUCUUGAACAUCUUUGUGCAAAGGACUGUUUUGUGCUGGAUUCUCUAACAUACCAGUGACCAUCAUCACUUCAAUUUUUGAUACUUGUUUUCUGUAAGCCUCCAGAUUCCCUUUGCCUGCACCGGAACCUCUCUGUGCUUAAGAGGUUGUCAAUAAAGGACUGCAAGGAGCUGAAAUUGGUGGUGGGCUUGCACCACCUUACAUAUCUCCAGAACUUGUUUAGAUGUGAUUGUUGUGAACUCCAGGUCUUGCUAAGUGAGCAGUUGCCAACCUCGCUUAAGUCACUAGUAGUUGACGGCUGCAAGAAUCUGAGAUCCUUUCCACCUCUGCAUCAGAACAUAUCUUCAUUCAAGGAGCUGCAGAUAUUGAAUUGCCCUAGGCUCAGAAAAGUGGCAGGGCUGAACAACCUUUCUACAGGCCUUGAGAAUAAGUUGUUGCCCUGAAUUCAAGUUCUCACCAGAUGAAUGGCUUCCAUCCAUUCCCCAACUCAUGGAAAUUGCUCGGUGACCGAGGUUGAAGGUGCGGUGAGAAAGACAUCACAUCCAAAGCAUCCAGUGUGUCAACAGCGAUUAUAGUAAAACAGAUAAUGAAGAAUUUAUUGGUGACGAAAAUCUACAACGGCAACAGCGAUUAUAGUGAAACAGAUAAUGAAGAAUUUAUUGGUGACGAAAAUCUACAACGGCAAGUGAUGGAUUGUGAGAUGGAAGAUGGUGAGCAGAAUAAUGACAGAGAUCCAUCAAGUGAUGAUCUUGUUCGAUCGCCAUCGCAGCAACAUGUUCAUUCCUUUGAUCUGAUGAUGAAUGAUUAACCCAAAACCACAGAUGGAGCCUGUGAGAUCCAGCAGCUCGAACCAAUUAGUUCGGUGUGUUUUAUCCAUUGUAACUGAAUUUAGCCAUCCAUGUCCCAGAUUCCUACCAUUCCGAUCCCACUGAAGGCACUCAAAUUCUACAAUCACACAAUAUUUUGUUUAAAGAAGCACUGGUUUGUAUCCAACUUUCGAUGCUUCAGGCUGUUGAAACAUGCUUAUGUACGGUCACAUUCUCAAUGUUUUUUUUUUUUGGAUUCUUAAUAUAUAUUUCCUGAUCUAA